GCAUGAUCAUGGAUAUUUAGGAUCAUAUUCUUACACAAACUAAAAAGGGAAAUUUUCCGGGAGAGGAAUUAUUUUCACGAGAAACAAACAGAAAAAAUACUGAAGUGAAAAAAUGGGAGCAUCGUCUUCUACAGCACAGAAUGCGAGCGAACAACGAGAAUUAGAAAGCCUAGUAGCUUCAACUGGAGCCUUGCCAAUGCUUCAACACACUUUCUCAAAGAUCAGCGAUCCUCAAAGUAACACAAUUCCUUCCCAAUCUCUCCAGGAAUGUUUCAAUAUGGAUUAUAAAACCCCAGAUUUUGAAGCACAUGGAAGCAACAACAACAGCAUGUCGGAUUCAUUUUGUUUAUUAGUGGAUAAUUUAGGUGAAUCUAUAGUGCAGCUAUUUUUUGUAGUUGAUAAAGGAGGUGGAGUUAGUUGGAUUGAGUUGUUACGAGGUUAUUUAAACUGUUGUGGGAGAGUGCCUGCUUCUGUAGCUUUGAAUGUCUUGUUGAAGCUUUUUUGUACUACUUGUGCAAAAGCUGGACUUCCUUUGAAGCUAGAGUUCGAACCGAUGAAUGAUGAUGAUGGUAAAAUUGGUGGGUUUGUUUUGGCGACUGAUGUUGUUAUGCUGCUUUGGAUAUGUUGGACUAUGUUGUGGGAUUCGAAAACUUGUACAUCUUUGGAAGGGAGAGGGAAUUUAUGUCUCCCUGAUGUUAGUCAUUUAGUUUUAUCUGCGGUUGUUUACUGUGUUGAAGAUUCUGGUGGGUUUGAUUUAUGGGAUUGUGAUAUCUCAGCCUUGGAUGUUCAAAUCCCUGCUGGGAAGUUUGUAACUUGGGCUUUGACAACUGUGCCGUGUCUCACUGAUUGCUUCACGCAAUUUGUCAAUGCAAGACUUCAAAAUUCAGCUUAUCCUGAGCAGCGUAACUGGGAACCUUCAACUUCAUCAGUAGGAGAGAUCCUUCCAAAAGAGACCGGUGAUUCUCAUUUACUAACUUGUGGAAGAGCAUGGGCCAUCUCUCUUACACUCAGGGGAACGCCAAGUACAGAAAUAUUAAAACUAUACUUGCCUAGUGGUGAUAGUGAAGCGUGUGACAAUCUUCUUUAUCGGUCAUCUCUUCAUGGAAGGGGCUUGAACAGAUUCUGGUCAAACAUUGAAGGUUAUAAUGGUCCUAUGCUGCUUUUGUUUUGUGCUACUUCUAGAGACGCCCAUGAGGUUGAUACCAUUGACAGAAAAUGGAUCAUAGGUGCACUUACACAGCAGGGAUUUGAAAAUAAGGAUCUGUUUUAUGGAAGCUCUGGAAACCUCUAUGCGAUCAGUCCAGUCUUCAAUAUAUUCCCAGCUUCUGGGAAAGAGAAAAACUUUGUUUAUAGCCACUUGCAUCCAACUGGUAGAAUGUAUGAGGCACAUCCAAAGCCCGAGGGAAUUGCCUUUGGAGGAACAAUGGGGAAUGAAAGAAUUUUUAUUGACGAAGAUUUUGCUAAAAUCACUGUUCGCCAUCAUGCAGCUGACAAAACAUAUAAACACGGUUCUCUUUUCCCAUCCCAGGGAUUUCUGGCGGUUGAAGCUUUGAUUUUGGAAGUUGAAGUUUGGGGAUUAGGAGGGAAGACACCUAAGUCAGUCCAAACUUCAUAUAAGAAGAGAGAGGAACUCUUCAUCGAUCAAAGACGCAAGAUUGACUUGAAAACUUUUACAAACUGGGAAGAUUCGCCCGAGAAGAUGAUGAUGGAUAUGAUGUCUAAUCCGAAUGCAGCUCGCCGGGAAGAGCGCUGAUUUUGGAUUGUGUGUUUCUGUAAUUAGUCAUCUUUGUUUGUGCAUCGAUGGGGUUAUGAUUGUAAAAGAAAUUCUAGAAAUGGGUUGAUACAUAAAUAAAAGAAAUUUUUUGUUUGUUCAUCGACGGGUUCAUGAUUGUAAAAGAAAUUAUAUAACGAUACAUAAAUAAGUCUGGAACGUACAAGUGUUGCUUGUUGA